AUGGGGUGCAACAUGUGUGUGGUUCAAAAGCCUGAAGACCAAUACAGGGUCAUGUUCCAGAAGGGUCACGUAAGCAACAUGCUGUGCUCUUUUGACGCUGACGGUCGAUUAAAGGUGAAUGGUAAAGAGCUGUCCCGCCUUUCAGGGGAUCCCACCCUGGACAUACGGGACCCUGUGCUGUCCAACAUACUGAGGCGGGGGGCUCGCAGACGGGCGGGCCUGGCUGGAGCUCCUGGAGGGCAAGUGCCAGUGACCAUGGGCAUGGCCGACUGUGUGGACAGCUGCACCCAAACGGACAUCAGCUUCCAGCAUAUGUUGACUCUGGGCAAGAGCAGCCAGCAUCCCUGCGGAGCUCCACCCCCGCCCGAUCCACCGCCUUCCCCUCCACUGCCGCCACUACUGGAGCCAUAUCUACUCAAUGAACUCUUCAUAGAGCCCGUAUACUACGACCCCACUGACUACUUUGACAUCACUCAGCAUGAAGUGGACAGGCAGGACGAGCUUGAAUAUGAGGAGGUGGAGUUGUAUAAGUCUCGUCAGCAGGAUAAACUGGGUCUGACGGUGUGUUACAGAACGGAUGAGGAGGAGGACCUCGGCAUCUAUGUAGGAGAGGUGAACCCAAACAGCAUUGCUGCAAUGGAUGGCCGCAUCCGCAAGGGCGAUCGAAUACUGCAGAUAAAUGGAGUGGACAUCCAGAACAGAGAGGAGGCGGUAGCUAUUCUCACCAGAGAGGACAGCACUAAUGUCUCCCUGCUUCUCGCACGACCCGAGAUAGAGAAUGACAACCAGCUAGAUCCGGAUGAGCUGGACCUGGAGCCCCUGGACAAUGCUGUCCAUCUGGCCAGCAGCCACAGACUGAGGCACAGCCCCUCCAUACUGGGCGCUGGACCAGGCGGUGUUGCUGGUGGAGGUGUGCUACGUAGCCACAGUCACUCAGUAAACAGGGAUUCACCAGAUUUGCUGCAGACAGUGCUGAGCAACAGCCAGGAGCUGGACAGUGGUGUUGGCCGGACAGAUGAAAGCACCAGAUAUGAGGAGUCUUCGGAGCACGACCUCCUGGGAGACGACCACACCAGUGCCUCCAAUACGAAUGCCACCAACACACCUGGCAGCAUGCGCAAGUUUUUGUCCAGUAGAGGGGACACUCCACCCCUGCUGCACUCCCAGGACCUCCAGUUCAGCACAGACUCUCUCCUCGGGCUGGACUGUGUUAAUGGAGGAGGUCUGGAGCAGAUGGAGCGACUGGAGAGGGCCUACAUGGCAGAUCCUGUGAGGAUGAUGAUGCCUGGGUUGACAGAGGAGGAGUGCGAGAGGUAUAAAGAGCUCCUGGAAAUCAAGUGUUACUAUGAGAAGAACAGCAAUGCUCUGAUGUUACAAGGGCCAGCACAAGAGGAAGGGGGCGUCUCACUGGAUGUGAACAGGAACGAGAGCCUGACGCAGCAUGAGAUGGCCCUUUUAGAAGAAGAGCUGCGCCACUUGGAGUUCAAGUGUCGCAACAUCUUGAGAGCGCAAAAGAUGCAGCAGCUGAGGGAGCGUUGUAUGAAGGCUUGGCCUCUUGAAGACAAGAAUGGAGCGAGUGCAGGGGCUGGAGUCGGAGCUGGACGCUUGGACAUGAUCGGUACUCUGGCGAGCGAGGAGUCCUGUCACCAUGCUCUGUCAGAUAUUAAUGAGCUUCCAGAGAGGGAGCGCUCAGACAAGGACAGCACGAGUGCCUACAACACUGGAGGGGAAAGUUGCAGGAGCACCCCUCUGGUCAAUGAACAGUACCCUUCACCCUCCACUCAGAGUCUGGAGGGAGGAGAUGUUCUUCUCCCAGAAGGUAUGCAGGUUCCAACUAGGCAGAGAGAAAGAGGAAUCAGGACGGGAGACGGGACAAAAGCAAACUUGAACCAACCCUACUCUCCCCACUCUCACAGGAGAGGAACUGAGGUGAAGACAUCCAGCCCCGGAGCAAAGGUUAGGUCCUUGUCCCGAGAUGUAGGUACCAGGAGGGGCUCAGAUGGAGGGGUGAGGCGUAGCCCCAAAACCAGCGGGACAGCUGAGAGGGCUGGUGGACGCAGUGCCGAAAACAGUCCUUAUCUGUCCCGCCGUCAGACUGAAACAAAGCCACCUCAGCGCUACCUGAGUUGCAUGCAGCUGAGGUCCCCCUCCACCUCUGAGCGGCUGAGUGGACUCAGAAACACCUCCAUGGAGGGCACCAUGGACACUGAGGGUGACGCCAGCCCCAUGAGCCUGGGCAGCACAUGCAAAGACGCCAACCAGCUCCCAGGAGCUGUGUCCUUACCCUUGUCCCCUUCACUGAUGCCUGCCUCCCCUCGCAUGGAGUGGAAGGUGAAGAUCCGCAGUGAUGGCUCACGCUACGUGGCCAAGCGGCCUGUGAGGGAUCGCCUCCUGAAGGCACGAGCCAUGAAGAUCAGAGAGGAGCGCAGCGGCAUGACGACGGACGAUGAUGCUGUGAGCGAAAUGAAGAUGGGCCGUUACUGGAGCAAAGAGGAGCGCAAGCAGCAGCUGCUGAAGGCCCGAGAGCAGAGGCGGCGCAGGGAGUUCAUGAUGCAGAGCCGUCUGGACUGCAUGAGAGAGCGGGAGAGGGAGCAGGGCGGCAGUGCAGGAGGUCAGCAGGGAAGCACACAGCAGCAGGAACCCACAUCCAUCCUGGAGCUGUGCCACCGCAGGAGCAUGAAGAAGCGCAGUCGCAGGAUCCUAGACAACUGGAUCACCAUACAGGAGCUCCUGGCUCAUGGCACCAGGUCGGCUGAUGGGAAGAAAGUCUACAACCCCCUGCUGUCUGUCACCACAGUCUGA